AUGGCGUCCCCAAACUUCCCUUCAGCACACAACGACCUGUACCGACAGCAAUCCCAGCCGAUGUCCCGAUCCGCGGUUUCACGCUCGGGUCCUAGACGGCUAUCUCCAGUAUCAACAGCCAGUGCACUGCCCAAGCACUACUCUGGUGAUAGCUCUGAUGAUGAGGUCCCAGAACCUAAAUUCAGCGCUUCUGUGAAGGCAUUGUUGCAUGGCGAUGGAUUAGGUUCUUCGCCACAUUUGCAAAAGGCACAACCCGUGUCGCACGACCUCCGAUUUGGGUCAGGAUCGAGACAGCAAAGCCGCUCCCCCAGCAAUUCGUCCCCACACGACUCAUCAAAUGGUAGCCCUGCUCCCAGAGUUGUUCGUAUCGGAGCAAUCUCGUCGGCUGCUCGAUUCUCACGGGAAGGGUCUCCUCUAUCAAAUAGCCAAAGCGCAGAGUCCGACCAUCACAGCCGCCCCAAUGAUUUCAUAACUCCUGCUCCACGCCAACGCAGUGUUCGUAUCAAUGCUUCGCGCAGCAGCACACGAUCUCCUGCCUCUGUUUCGCCCUCAGGAAAGCGCUCGUCGGAACGCAAUUUGGCCGGAGAGUACAGUAGCGCAGAGCGUUCAGGCAGUGAUCGGAAAUUGCAUUAUGAUGAUGAUCCAGCAGCACGAUAUGGCAAUUCUUCAGCACUCCGGGGCCGUGGUGGUGAGGAAAUCGCUCCUCAUAGCUCGUUGCGCGUGAAGCGGGUUGGCCGACUUGCUGGUAGUUUCUUGAAUGGCCCCGCCCGGAGAGGCGUGCUGCGACGACAGAGCGAGGAAAGCAAUGAGGAAAACCACCAUUAUCUUUCGGCUGAUGGCGUCCGGGAGGACAUCGAGGGGGAAGAGGAGAAUGCCGAAUAUCAACCUCGCAACCUAGUGAAAUCCUCAUCCCCUAAGGUAUCAUGGGCUGAACCGAGCCCACCUGUCCGUGAAUCAUAUCGCGCAGAAUAUCCUCUACGCCCUGCGGCGGUUGAAGGGCCAUUUUCGCGAUCAUCAUCACCCAAAUCAUACGGCUCGAAGUCGACUCCCGGUUCAUCGGAUCUGUCUUCCAAAUCUUCUAUCGCAAAGGAACAAUCUGUCUUCAAAGUUCCUUCAAUACCAGCUUUGCCAUCUGCCCGUGACCAGGAGAAUGAACCGCCGCCAACUUUCCGGCGCACAAAGCCCCAGGGACCAAGUGUUUUGGAUAAGCCCGAAAAGUAUAAUGUUGUCUAUGAUACCGAGAAGAAGGAUGCAGCGGAAACACCGGCAAGCAGCUCUGCACGAAAAAUACUGGCUGCGCGGAGCAACAACACCCCUCACAGAGCCCCUCCUCCUCCUCCGAAAAUGUCAGUUCUUGAGACUGCUACCUCGACGGCAGGUGCAUCAACAUCACAAUCACGAAAAAAGAGAUCUCAAGUUUCCAUUAAUGGCAAACAUUUCACCCGGCUCGAUUGCAUUGGCAGGGGCGGCAGCUCACGUGUUUAUCGAGUAAUGGCAGAGAACUACAAAAUCUUCGCCCUCAAGCGUGUCAACCUUGAGGAUGUUGACCCGGUGACUUUGACUGGAUAUAAGGGUGAAAUUGACUUGUUGAAAAAGUUGGAGAAUGUGGACCGUGUGGUGCGCUUGUUUGACUGGGAGCUCAACAAUGACAAACAUGCCCUUAGCGUGCUUAUGGAGAUUGGAGAGUCCGAUCUUGAAAAGAUUCUCACUUACCGUCUGAAUGCCGAAGACGCCAUCUUUGAUAUUAACUUCACACGAUUUUAUUGGAAGGAGAUGCUCGAGUGUGUCCAAGCUGUCCACGAGUACAACAUCGUUCACUCGGAUUUGAAGCCAGCGAACUUCCUCAUGGUUCAGGGCCGACUGAAACUCAUCGACUUUGGUAUUGCGAACGCAAUCCAAGAUAACACGGUCAACGUUCAUCGCGAGCAGCAGGUCGGCACACCCAAUUACAUGUCUCCUGAGGCACUGGUUGAUUCCAACGUCUCCCUCGGCCUGCCUUCCAGUGUUGGAAAGGUUAUGAAACUAGGAAAACCCAGCGAUGUCUGGAGUUUGGGUUGUAUCCUGUACAAAAUGGUCUACGGACAACCACCUUUCGCCAAGAUCGCCAAAUACUACGAGCGCAUCAUGGCUAUCCCGAACCCCCGUGUACAAAUCGAUUUCCCGGCCUUUGGUGUCGGCGGAGUUCCCGUGCCUCCUGGUCUCGUUCGGACCCUCAAGCGCUGCCUGCAGCGCGAUCAGACUCUCCGCCCAACCAUCGAGGAGAUGCUUGGCCCGCGCGAUCCAUUUUUGCACCCUGAUGCCCAGCUCGAGGGUGCUGUUCCAGUCACCCAAGACAUGCUUGGUCGUAUCUUGGCCAAUGUCGUCCACCACUGCAAAGUCCGCGGUGUACCCAGAGAAGAGGAGCUGGCUGCAUGGCCCGCAGGUUUCUUUGCAAAAAUCAAAGCAGCCCUCGAAGAAGAAAACGCAUGA